CAUAAAACUCAUUGCUGUGUUUCAUCUGAGACCGAGAAAAUAUAUCGAGCAAUAUCAAUAACAUCAAAACAAAAUAAACAACAAAGUUUUAUAUGAAAACUUUCCCUGUUAUUUUACACUUUUCUAUGUAUUUCUAUUUUUGCAGCUAAUUAGUCAUUCUACUUAAAAAUGUCUGAUCUGCGAAUCGCUGUUGUUUGCUCUAGCAAUCAAAAUAGAAGUAUGGAAGCCCACAGCUGUUUAAGCAAAAAGGGCUUCAACGUCAAGUCAUAUGGCACUGGAAACCAAGUGAAGUUGCCAGGACCUGCUCCAAAUAUGCCAAACGUUUAUGAUUUCAACACAACAUAUGAUGAGAUCUACAAAGAUCUUAUGCGAAAAGAUGCUGAAUUAUAUAAAACAAACGGCAUUCUACACAUGCUCGACAGGAACAGAAGGAUAAAGCAGAUGCCAGAACGCUUCCAGUCAAACCGGGAUACAUUUGACGUCAUCAUCGCGUGCGAAGAGCGCGUGUUCGAUCAAAUUAUUGAGGACCUUGCAAACCGUGAUACUGACGAGUCUCAUCCCGUGCACGUGAUCAACAUUGACAUCCAAGACAACCACGAGGAAGCAACAUUAGGGGCUUUCAUAAUCAAGGAUCUUGUUAUCGAGUUGUCUGAAUGCGAUGAUAUCGACAAUGAAAUUGAUGAAAUUAUCCAGGACUUUGAACACAAAAUCAACAGAAAAGUUUUGCACACGAUGGUGUUUAUGGGAUGAAGGUCAUACAGAGAGAGUGUCUCGAACAAUCAAACAUUGCCAAACACUCAAGAAAGUUGACCCAAGUCAACACAAUCCGCAAAACUAACUCACGGCAUGUUGCAUACCAUUUUUUCUUCAUCAUCACUCACGACAACUCAAGCCCCAAAUUCUGGAAAUAACUUAAUUUCUCUAUAAAUGGAUUCAGCUUACCCCUCUUUUUCGUUUGGUAAAAGUUGUGUUAUAUUAAUGUUCUGAAUAGUUUCUGGACUUCUCAAGGAAAUUAUCGUGAGGUUAUCACGAUAAACUGUUGUUGUUUUUUCGUUUAAUAAAAUCAAAAUUAAGUGAAAAAAUUGGCUGAAUGAAAUAUGCUACUAAAACGUCUAAAGCUAAACUAAUGACGAUAAAUUAGGGCCAGCCUAUUAUGGCUUAUUGCAACAUAUAAAAAAUAAAUAAGCAUGUAUAUGUACUAUAGAAGGCCUAAACAACAUGUAAAGGUAACGAUUAUUUUGGGAAAGGGGAUUUGCUCUGUGUUGUUUUUCUGAAUAGGGGCCAAGGUACUUGAUCAUUGUAGAAAAUCGGACCAUGAAGUUUACGAUUAAUUGCACUAAGUUAAUGUAUUUUUUGUAUUAUGUUCUGAAAGAUAUUGAUCCUUAAAGCUAGAUUUAGUCUUCAUAUGUGUAGGCAUUGCACUCGUAUCAAAAGUGAUGCUAUUUGUGUUGUGUUGUAUGAUACAGUACUGACCUGUUGUCUUUCAAUUAUGAAUUGAAUGUUUGAAUGUGCAUCGCGGUGUAUGAAAGCAAUUAGCCAGUGUUGGGUAAGAAAUGCACCAGUCAUUUGUAACCACGGCCCCCCAGGUCCAGGGAAUAGCCGGGACUUUGACUUUUGGUCAGCCAACCCCGGGUAAAAUCCCCGCCCUGCGGAAACACGGCCCUUUUCCCCGGUAUACACCCGGACCGGGGGGGCGUGGAUACAAUUGACUAGUGCAUAAAGUCACAAUGAUUUACCAGUUCAUUUCAAACACAUAGGAACGGCCAUUUUCAUUUUUUACUGUUUAUAUUUACAUUGAUUAUUUGCAUAUUUCUGGAGUAAUCAAAUUACAACACUGAAUGUAAUGAUUCUAACCAAGACAGUUUGGAUCUGGUCUGCAAGUCUCAACUCACUACAAUCAUAGUCCUGCUGAACACUUUAGAUUGGAUUUUAAAAAGUUUAUAUGACAAAUAUUUACGGAUUUUAUUUCAAAAGAACUGUUUUUAUUCAUUCUUACAGUGUCUCAGUUCACGUUCUACAAAAUUAUCAAAAAGUUCUUAUGCAAAUAUGCAAAUCACUGAAAGAAACUGACCAAGAUUUCUGAGCGUUUUUACAUUGUCAUAACUAUUUAAAAUUAUUCUUUUGAAGGAAAUUAUUUUUAUGUAUAUAAUUAAUAUAUUUUGACGAAACAAAUUAAGAUGUACUGUUCAAUCGUGCUUGUUUUGAUUUUUUUUAACUUGAUAACCAUGAUUUUGUAAUAUGCAUGUAUAUAGCUGUACAUAUUUCAUUUUGUAAUUGUUACGAUAUGUUUCCAUUAAAAUCGUUGAAUCU